AUGUAUUCAUCGAACCCAUCUUCUUAUGAUAAAUUCUCCACUUCCCAGCCACCGGUGUUCAGCCAAGAUACAACAACAACAACAACAACAACAACAGGAAUUCCAGUAAGCACAACCAGUCAAUUCUACAGUACUGAUGAUUCUAGAUCUUCUACUGAACUCCGAUCUAAGAAUAGAGGCCCUUGGUCCACGGGGUUAUGUGACUGCUUCGAGGAUUGGCGAAACUGCUGUAUAACUUUCUGGUGCCCCUGCGUCACUUUUGGACAAAUUGCUGAAAUUGUCGACAAGGGAUCUUCGUCUUGUGGUGUAAACGGAGCACUCUACGCACUGAUUUCAUGCGUUACUUGUUGUCCAUGUUGCUACUCAUGCUUCUAUCGUGCAAAAAUGAGGCAGCAAUACUUGCUGAGGGAAACCCCUUGUGGGGACUGUUUGGUUCAUUGCUGCUGUGAGUAUUGUUCUCUGUGUCAAGAAUAUCGGGAGCUCAAAAACCGUGGAUAUGACUUGGCUAUUGGAUGGCAUGGCAAUGUCGAGAAAAAGAAUCGCAGUUUAGAGCUGGCUUCAGUACCGCCGCUGGUUGAAGCAGGCAUGAGCCGAUAA